ACGUCUACCAAGUCCCCAGAGCCCCAUGAGACACAAGACCUGGAAAAGUGUAGCGCUUGAUUUGGUCCAUGACUUCCUCUUUCCCAUGAAACCUGAGCAUUUGCAAUGUCAACCCACUGCGACCAUGCAUCUCACCCUGAAAUCCUCCGUUCGAUUUCAUGAACAUAGUCCAACUCCAUGCUGCCGACAACAUUUUAUAUGCAGUGGAAAGAGAAAGGCCACAGGAAAAGGACACAGACAGCAAUCCCUAUACAGAAGAAAGCAGCACAGGAACAUGAAACUCCCAGCAGUGCAACCGGCAAGUGUGUCGAAAAGAUCAAGCAACUAGCAAAAGAUGGUGGUUGGGAGAUCUGCAACUCCACUCUGUCUUGGUUUCAUGGGAGAGGAAUUAAUGGGGGUAUUGAGCUUGCGGCAGAAAAGUUGAUGUGGAAAGUCAAAUGGAAGGGAAGAAGAAGAAGAAGAAGAAGAAGCAGCAGCAGCAGCAGCUUUGGAUUUGGCGAGAGUGGGAGUUCCUAAAAGAUUCAUCUCCUCCCAAAAAAAAAAAAUGGCAGAAGUACCUUGCCAUGUUCAUUGCCAUUGAAUACAAGUCCUGGCAGAUACAAGCAACACCCAACUCACUGAGCUUGUUUCUUUAUUGUGUUGCUCCCACCAUCCAAUUGUAAUGAGCUCAUUUAUGUCUGACCCCAUCAGCUGACACACCAUUAAUCUCUCCACCCAUCAAGGAUCCUCAUCUGUCCAGCUUCCUCAAACUGACCUGCAAAAUUUGUGUUCUCCUUGUUCUCUUCUUGCAGCGAAGAGAACAAAUAGCUACGACCCCUCCUCCGGUAGUGCCCAUUGCAUCAGACACAGGCACCAGAUAUGUUUCCUGAGAUCGAUGAUGUGGUUCUGGAAGUGAGGGUGCUCUCCAACAAGACAACAAGAUCUGGUUAGUAUCAGCUUUAUCUCUCUCUCUUGUCUCUUCUCUCUUCGAGCUUUUCCUUUGAUCAGAACAUGAACUUGGCCUUGCAUGCAAGCAUGAAACAGGGGAGCCUUCUCUCUCCAGUUUCACUCCCAUUGCCAUCUUUCACACCAACACCACCACCACCUCCUCCUCCUCCUACCAUUGUUAAUUUUGAGAACAGAAUUUCUCCCAGCAUCCUCCUCAUAAUUGUCAUUCUAGCAGUCAUCUUCUUCAUCUCUGGUCUCCUCCACCUCCUUGUGAGAUACCUCCUGAGACCCAACAACAGGGAGCCAGAUGCCAUGAGCAAUGCCACAGCUCUCCAAGGUGAGCUGCAGCAGCUGUUUCACCUCCAUGAUGCAGGAGUGGAUCAGUCCUUCAUAGACACCCUUCCUGUCUUCCAAUACACGUCCAUUGUAGGCCUGAAAGACCCAUUCGAUUGUGCUGUGUGCCUCUGCGAGUUCGAAGCUGAUGACAAGCUCAGGCUGCUUCCCAAGUGCAGCCAUGCCUUCCACGUACAGUGCAUAGAUACUUGGCUCCUGUCCCACUCCACUUGUCCUCUCUGUAGGAAAAGCCUUCUUUCUGACUUCUCUCCUACCAUUAGCUGUAGUCCUACAUUUCUCGUUCUCGAGACUGGUAGUGAGAGCUCAAGGGAGUCCGUGUCAACUGCAAAUCUUGGUGUCCCCGGAGAGACUGACUUUGAGACUUCGAUCGAUGAGACAUCACAAAAGCCAGUCGAAGUUGCAGCAGUCUCAGUUUCAGAGUUUGCAGAGGCCAAAGUAGUGCCUGUUAAGCUUGGAAAGUUGAGGAGUGUGGAUGUCGGUGAAGGAGAAGGUCAAGCAACUACUAGCGUCAAUAGCAAUCUGGAUCAAAGGAGAUGCUUCUCCAUGGGUUCCUAUGAGUAUAUGAUGGAUGAGAGCUCUUCGCUACGAGUCACCAUCAAACCAACCAAGAAGAAGCCAUCUCUCAAGAAUCCAGGCCACCGGGUUGCCAUGUCCGAAUGUGAUUGCCACUCGGCAAGAGAGGGAUUCCAAGUGUUUGAUGCAUUAAGAAAUGCCGAGUUUGGAACCGGUGAUGGUAAUGCUAAUCUACACAGGAAAGAGAGCUUUUCUGUAUCAAAGAUAUGGCUGCGCUCAGGGAAAGAUGAACCGAUUGCCGAGGAUGCUUCAAGGCGGGCUUCGUCUUUCCGAUUGCCACUGCACUUGGAAAGAGAUGAGAUCAAGCUGAAGAAGAGCAAUGAAUCAUAUUCGGAUGUGGAGGCUGGGAACUGCAACAGCCAUGUGGUGUCAAGGCUGGAUGAAACCCCUUCAUUUGCAAGAAGAACUCUGCUGUGGAUUGUAGGGAACAGAACAAGAUAGGAAUCCAUCUCUGAUAUCAGUUCUGGACUUUGAAUUGGCACGAGUAAAUCAUCUUUGACACUCAAAAAAGUUUUUUUCCUUAGCAGUAAAACAAGAUUGCAUCUGUGAUCAUUUGAUCAAUUCAAAUCUUUGCAUCAGUAAUGAUGUCGAGACAUCCAGGCAUAGUAUGGUGCAUGUUCAUGCUUGCUUCAUAAGCUUGGACAAUUUCUACUAGUAUGUCUAAGAUUUCAUGAACACAGAAAUCUGCACACCAUUCGAUUAACUCUGAUGCUUAGAUAGAUAAGAACACCAUCUUCUCCGAAAAGAGAAAUUAUAGACAAUGCUGUGUUGGUAGGUUGUAUUUCUCGAUGCAACUUUCCCUGAUAUCAGUUACUGCAUGACAAAAUGCAUCUGGUUCUUCUAGCAGGAGCUGUUCUGAGAAUCCAUCUGCUGCCAUGGAUUCACUUGUGCAUCACUCGCAAGAACAAGCAGCUCAUGAUCCCUUGCCAUGCUCUCUUUCUUGUUGGGCAACUAUCUUCUAUCCUUCGACAGUUGGAAUGAAGGUAGAGGAGGUUUUUCUGCAUGUCGACAUGAUCUUCACUGCAAGUUUCUGCUCAAAUUAUAAAUCUAUUUCAUCCCUGCAUACCAUCGCAAAUCUAAUGUGGGGUGAAUCAGAAUGUCAUAAUGGGCUAGUGAUCUUAAUGCUGGAAGCUGGGUAUUAUGGGCAGGAGUCUUUAACAUGGGUUGGGUACAAAGCUCUGUGAUUGUUCUUGAUGGUGUUCUAACUGGAAGCCCAUGGCUGGAAACAGAACUAAUUGCACUGAAUGUAAGAAGAAAUAUGGAAGGUAGAGGAAUCAAUCAGAGGACUAAUUACAAUUUGGUGGAUAUCAGAAUGUCAUAAUUGCAGUUUGGUCUAUUCAUUGACUUCUUCAAAAUUUCCAUUGAGAACUGUAAUCAUAAUCUGCAGUAAUAAACUCAUCUUUUUUCA